GAAGGUCGUGGAGGAGCGGGCGGCGAGGGCUCCGGACGUGGACUCGCUGGGCUUCCAGGCCAUGGACCGCAACGUGCCGGGGCUGUCCCACGUCAUCCUAAAGAAGCUCAACAUGGAGAGCUACGAGGACUACAAGUCUGCCAUGGAUGGGAGGAAGAGUGGCAAUGAUUUCGGCAUCCGGACCUACUUUGACAUGUUCCAGAAGAUGGAGGACACCUUCAAGUUUUGUGCUGAAUGCAAGAAGCUCCCUGAUGCCCUCCCUGACCCCAAAAGCCUCCGACGUUGCAAGAGGUGCCAAAACGUGUACUACUGUGGCGUGGCAUGCCAGCGUGCCAACUGGCCGCUGCACAAGAAGUUCUGCAAGAAGCUGAAGCUGGUGGCCCUGGAUCGGUUGGUGGAGUGGCUCGUCUUCACAGGAGACAUCCCCUUCCCCACGGAGACCUGGACAAAACCUGCCCGGGAUGUGAAGGGCUGGGAGGACUGGUUCUCCAUGCAGGAGCAGCUGGAGGAGAAGCUGGGUGCCAUCGUGGCCGGGCGGUACAUGACCCUGCUCUGGGCUAACGCUGGGAAGCCCCGGCCGGAGGACGGGGAGCUGCGCCAGUCCAUCCGGCGCCUGGUCACCGACUUCCACUCACGGCCGCUCACCAUCGGCCUGGGGCUGCGGCUUUUCGGCAUCGACCCCCUUGCCAAGCCCCUCACCGUGCACGUGGUGGGGGCCUCCCACGUGGAGACCCUCAAUACCCGGCCGACGGACUACGACGAGCUGACACGGAUGUUUCCGGGGCACCAGGGCGUGGAGAUGGUGAUGGUGGGUGUGGACGUGGUGGACGGACCCAUCAUGAGGCCACCCCUGGCCACGCCAGCGCCCCGGGGAAGGGUCUAUCUCAGCAGCUACAAGGGGCUCUACCACGACUUCUGGGAAAGCCACGUGGAGACCAAGCUGGCUGCCCGUCCUGACCUGGUGGUGGGAUUUCACCCAGGUUUCCAUGCCUGCCCAGACCUGCUGGCGGGGUGGCUGCCCACCCUGCUGCUGCUGCGGGACUAUGGCCUGCCCGUGCUCUUCACUGUGUACAGCGAGCAGGAGCUGAAGGCCUCCCUGCAGAUCCUCGUGGAGCUCGAGACACACAUCGUGGGCUACGCCAGCAACCCCUUUGCCUCCCUGCGGCCCGAGCAGGUCUACUCCAGCCCCAACAAGGCGCCCGUCUACUGCAGCUCCCACUACAUUGCCCUGCUGGGAGCAGAGGCGUCUGCUGUGCCAGGGGCCGAGGGGCUGGAGGAUGAUGAUGAUGGCUGGCAGGGAGGGGAGCCCAGUGCUGCUGCUGUGGGUGGGGGCACCACCCCAGUGCUGGGCUGA